AUGGCAUCUUCGGAGGCUUCCUGCUACUCUUUGGUUUUUGACGACCCUUCCGAGAUUCCUACGACCCAGGAUCUUCGUUCAGCACUGCAGAAAGGAUCGGACGAGGUCAAGCUUGACACGUUGCGCAAGAUCAUCGCGUUCACGAUCAAUGGAAACCCACAGCCCGCACUCCUGAUGCCAAUCAUCCAAUAUGUCAUGCCUUCACGAAGCAAGCAGCUGAAGAAGAUGUUGCACUUCUACUGGGAGGUGUGUCCGAAGUACGAUGAAAACGGAAAGCUGAAACAGGAGAUGAUUCUUGUUGUAAAUGCUAUCCGUAAUGACCUCCAACAUCCAAACGAGUAUAUCCGUGGCGCCACGUUACGCUUCCUCCAAAAGAUCUCCAAGGAUGCGGAGCUGCUCGAACCUCUUGUCCCCAUCUGUCGGUCAUGUCUCGAACACCGGCACUCAUACGUCCGCAAGAACGCAGUCUUUGCCAUUUACACAAUCUACCGCGAGUUGGAACACCUCAUCCCCGACGCUCCAGAACUCAUCCAGACGUUCCUGGCCGCGGAGUCGGACGCGACGUGCAAACGCAAUGCCUUCGUCUUCCUCUCGCAGUGCGCCAUGCCCAAGGCCGUCGAGUACAUCCUGCAAGUCUUCGACCAGAUCCCAGGAAUGGACGAGCAGCUGCAGAUGAGCAUCAUUGAAGUCAUCCGGUUGGACUGCAAGCAGGAGACGACGCACAAGGCACGAUACAUCCUCUUGAUCUCCGAACUCCUCAACGCCUCCUCGCAUGCGGUGAAAUAUGAAGCUGCCACUACCCUCACUUCCCUCACCCAAAACCCUGCUGCCAUCAAGGCCGCCGCAUCCUGCUACAUCACCCUUGUUCAGAAGGAGUCCGAUAACAAUGCUAAGAUUAUCGUGCUCGACCGCCUAGACACUCUCCGCUCGAAGCAUGGUCACGUUCUCGAUCCUCUCGUCAUGGACAUCCUUCAAAUUCUCUCCAGCGCCGACCUCGAGGUUCGCCGGAAGGCCAUCAGCAUCGUCCUCAGCCUCACGUCGAGCCGGAACGUCGAGGAGGUGGUCCUGUCCCUCAAGAAGCAGCUCCAGAAGACGCAGGACCAGGAGUUCGAGAAGGCGCCCGAGUACAGGCAGCUCCUCAUCCAGUCCAUCCACGUCUGCGCGGUCAAGUUCUCAGAGGUCGCCGCGAGCGUCGUGCAUGCACUCAUGGACUUCCUCGGGGACAACAACAACCCCUCGGCGCUCGAUGUCGUGGCGUUCGUCCGCGAGGUCGUGGAGAAGUUCCCCCAACUGCGCGACACGGUCUGCGAGAAGCUCAUCCAGACCCUGCCUGAGAUCAAGUCCGGCAAGGUUUACCGCGGCGUGCUGUGGAUCCUCGGAGAGUAUGUGGAGGACGUGAAGGCGAUCCAGAACACGUUCCGCGAGCUGCGCAAGGUACUGGGAGAGAUCCCGAUCCUCGCGUCAGAGCAGCGACUGCUGGAAGAGGCAAGCACAGAGGACAGUGAAGAGAAGAAGGAAGGAGAGGAGAAGAAGGAGACGUCGAAGCCGAAGGUCCUUGCGGACGGCACCUACGCCACCGAGACCGCCUUCACCAGCAUGUCCAGCGCGCGGUUGGAGCAGGUCAAGGCUGCGGCGAAGCCGCCACUGCGAGCUUUGAUCCUCGGAGGCGACUUCUACACCGGGGCAGUUCUCGCCUCAUCGUUGACGAAGCUCGUGUUGCGGUACUCGGAGCUAGGCAGCGACAAGCGCAAGCGCAAUGCUCUCCGUGCUGAGGCGAUGCUCAUCAUGGCUUCUGUCAUUCGUGUCGGCCAGUCGAAGUUUGUGACCGUUCCCAUCGACGAGGACUCAACGGAGCGUGUCAUGUCCUGCAUUCAGACUCUCAGCGAGCUGGAGUCGAAGCCGCCUGUGCACGAGAUCUUCCUCAAGGACACCAAGAAAGCGUACUCUAAGAUGGUCGCUGCUCAGGAGAAGAAGGCUGCGGAGAAGAAGGAGUCUGAAGAAGCCAAGGCCAAGAUUGUGCAGGUAGAUGACCUCCUGUCCUUCCGCCAGUUCUCCAAGAAAGCGACGGACGACAUGCUUGACGACUCCGAGGAUGUUAACCGUGCCACGGGAGCUAGUGAGGUCACUGAGGACUUCAUUUCCAACUUGAGCAGGAUAUCGCAGCUUACGGGCUUCUCCGACCCCAUCUACGCCGAGGCAUAUGUCAAGGUCCAUGGGUUUGACAUCUCUCUUGACGUUCUUCUCGUCAACCAAACCGCCGACACGCUCCAGAACCUGUGCCUCGACUUCGCUACCCUCGGCGACCUCAAGCUUGUCGAGUGUCCCUCGCUGUACACCGUUGCUCCCCAUAGCUUCCAGAGCAUCAAAGCUACCAUCAAGGUAUCGUCGACUGAGACUGGGGUCAUUUUCGGCAGCAUUCUCUGGGAAGGCCCCGGUAUGGCGGAGCAAUGCGUCAUCCUGAACGACAUCCACAUCGACAUCAUGGAUUACAUCAAGCCUGCGUACUGCACAGAGCAGCAGGCGACGGUCCGACUGACGACGCCACAGUUCCGCAGUAUGUGGACAGAGUUCGAAUGGGAGAAUCGCGUGAAUGUCACCACUACGAUCUCGGACCCGAGAGAGUACCUCCAUCACGUCAUGAAGGCUACCAACAUGUCGUGCUUGACGCCUGAAGGCGCAUUGUCGGGCGACUGUGACUUCCUUUCGGCGAACAUGUAUGCGAAGAGCUUGUUCGGUGAGGACGCGUUGGCGAACCUGAGCGUCGAGCGCACGGAGAACGGGACGAUUACGGGACAUGUACGGAUACGUAGCAAAACGCAGGGCAUCGCCUUGUCACUGGGGGACAGGAUCACGAUGGCGCAAAAGGACAACAAGCCACCUGUAUAG